UACUAUAUUUUAAAAUAAUAUUUAAUUAAUUCAAAUGGCUGAUGGAAAUUGUUGUAAUCAUCAUUGCAAUGCUGCCAGUGCAAAUAAAUCAGUAUGUCAAACUUUAUCUGAAAUGGAUUGGGAAAGAGGGAUAUGGAAUGCAGCAUUUUCUGGAGAUAAGGAUAAAGUGAUUUAUUUAAUUGAUCGAGCUAAAAAUGUUUCUGAAGUUGUUAAUGCCCAAGACAAUGCAGGCUAUACAGCUUUGCACUAUGCAGCUAGGAAUGGUCACAAUGAUAUUUGCAAACUGUUAAUAGCAAAGGGUGCUCUGAUUGACAUUCAAACAAAGAGUGGAAAAGCAACACCUUUACACAGAGCUGCUGCAGCAGGUAAAUUGUCUACAGUCAAUCUUCUCCUUGAAUCUGGAGCUAAAGUGGAUUUACAGGAUGACGAUGGCAAAAAUGCUCUACAUAAAGCAACAGAAUAUAAACAUUUCCAUUUGGUAGAUAUUUUAGUCAAGGCAUGUCCAGACUUACAGAAUGUUAAAGAUAAAAGAGGUUUAAAGCCCUUAUAGGAAAAAUAAGAGCAUAUGUUAUUUUUAUAUCAUUAUUAUUCUCUAAAGUAUGAUUGCAGCCUAUGAAGAAUUACAUUUAUUGACCUAUUAGCUAACUGACAGUAUUCACUAACAUUUUCGUCGUGAGCACAUUCUUAAGGAACCUCAACUAAAAACAGCGUAAAUUAUAAAGUGGCUCAAAAAUUAUUCCUAGUCUGCUAGUAAACUGCAACCAUACAUUAGUAGCUUAAUUGUUUUAUUUGAAAUUAUUUAUUAAUUUGUUAAUGGACCAUAGUGUAAUACAUUAUAAUCAUCAACAAAAGUUGUCUUAUACAUGUUAUAUUUCUUUUAUUGCAAUGAAUACAUUGGUCUUCUGAUUAUUACUGCUUUUAGUAAGAAAAUAUGCAAUUCCUCAGUUAAACUAUUUGGAAGAGACCUUGGCUUAAACACACACAAUUAAACUUCUCUUGUUGUUAACCAUACCUACACUACUAAUAGCAAUUGUUCUACUGAUAUGUACAUAGUAUGGACCUUCCUUUCGAAAACUUCAAUUGAUUUAUUUUGUUUUAAGUUUUUGUUUGACACUGUAAACUAUAUUUUUAAAUAUUGAUUAAGGCCUAAGCUUUCACAAGCCUGUGUCCAUGAAAUUAAUGAAAACAACUGGGCUGAUGUGGAUGAUUAUCCUAAUAAAACAAACAUAAGAAACUUGGGAAUUAAGUGAGAGUUAAAUACUCACAUACAUCUUAAACAUCCAUUAUUGACAUAAAUUUCAAGGUAUAUGUAAGUUUUCGAACGAAAGGUUUUAGGUUUUUUAAAGUUCCCUCUUGAAAGUCUGAGUCAAAAGUAAUUUUGAGUAAUUUUUUGUAAUGAAUGUAUUACGCAAUUGUCAGCUUGAUUAGUGUUAUAAUAGAUAAGAUGAUUUUACAUAUCACAAUCAUGUUAAUUACACUGUAUUUCAUCAAUAUCUAUUUUAAAAUAUUCAUAAUAUUACUACCUAUUGUUAUAGCCUGCAGGCACUAAAAUACCUAAAAAUAUCAUUAAAUUUUAAUAAAUUACC